GACGAUGAGGUAAUCACUAAUUUAACCACACCGAAGUUUCAUUUUAUAAUGUGAGUAAACAGUAAACAGCUAUAUAAACCAGAUGCGGGGCUCAAUAGAACCAUCAUUUAAAAGGAGACGGUCUUAGUAGGAACGCUAUACCUAAAACCAACAAUCUUGACCAGGCUAUCGACUUUCUUGGUAUAAUUGUUGUUGUUUUUUUUUUACUAAUUGGUUUCAAGUGUAAUCUGAGAAGAUCCCACCCACCUUUUGUUCCGAUUACUGAUUUACAUUAACAAAACAGGUUCCACGAUCCCUACCUGGGAGGGAUUAUCAGCGCGGAAAGAAAGAAAGAAAGAAAGAAAGGUUUAUUGCACACAGGUUCAGUCAGACAACUUUUCAGAUUUAAAAGAGUGCGGCUGACAGCUUUAUCAGAAACAUGAUGUUUGUUAUGGUCUUGCUUGUCCUGGCUUCGGUUGCCGCAACAACAGCGCAAAAUUGCGUGUGCAACACAAUGAAGUGGGCAACCUGUGAAGGCAGCCCGUGUGAGUGUAAAAUCACCAUCACAGACCAGCUUAAACAGACGCUGGAUUGCUCAAAAUUGAUUCCAAAGUGCUUUCUGAUGAAAGCUGAAAUGUACAGAGCAAAGAAAGGAUUAUCCACUCGUUUAGCGGGAAAACCGACUCUGCAUGCCUUUGUGGACAAUGAUGGCAUCUACGAUCCUGACUGCGAGGCCAACGGUGCCUUCAAAGCCAAGCAGUGCAACAACUCUGAUAUCUGUUGGUGCGUUAACAGUGCUGGUGUAAGGCGAACGGAUAAAGGGGGCCUGGACCUGAAAUGUGAGAAACUAGUUGAAACUGUGUGGGUGCAAACUCAACUGAAGCACACAGAGGGUGUGAAUCUUAAUGAUGAAGUAAAACUGAAAAGUGGCAUAGUGAAGGCCAUCGUAGAACGCUAUGGUGUUGAUGAUAAGCUUGUGACUGGAGUGAAGUAUAAUAAGGCUAGCCGCACUAUUUUAGUAGAUCUGAAAAAGAAUGCAAGUAAUGUGGACAUUGCCACGGUGGGCUACUACAUGGAGAAAGAUAUCAAGGUUCUGCCACUGUUUUACAAUGACAGUAAGAAAUUUUCUCCCAGUGUUGACUCGAAAAAUGUGACUUUUGAGAACAUCCUGGUUUAUUAUAUUGAUGCCGAGCCCCCUACGUUCACCAUGAAGAGAUUGACUGCUGGUGUUGUUGCUGUCAUUGUCGUAGUAGUCCUGGCUAUUAUUGCUGGUUUGGUUGUGCUGUUCAUUUCCAGGAGGAGGGAAAAGUCUGCAAUGUGCCAGAAAGCAGAGCAGACCAGGGAGCUGGAUGAAAUGCAAAAGGAGCAGCUGACUUCUUCAUAAUGCAAAAACUAGAAUUGAAAGCUGGAGGUAUUUGUUUUGCUGGCAGGAAAGUAACCACUCGCUAAAGCCGGUUUGAUUGGAGUAAAGGACUUUGUACUAAAACCUGUCCCCCAGCCUUGUGUGCAGAGGAGCUUACUGAAGGUCUUGCAUUAAUCACCCUUGUGAAAUUUGAGGUGUUUGCUUAAAUGCCCUGCCUCACUUUGUACUGUGUCGUAUUUGACCUGUAUUGUUAAACACCAAUUGUUACAAACCGCAAGUAUCUAAAUGUACGACAUGUUUGCAUUGCACGGUUUAUGAAAUGUCAGACCAAGUUGAAAGCAUUGGGCAUAUGGAUUUCAAAUGGGUAAAUGUGAUCAAGCUUUGUAAUUGCUAUAAACUAAAAGGUCCUUUUUUUUAUAUAUAUAUAUAUAUAUAUAUAUAUAUAAGUGGAUUUAUUUUGUGGGAAGCACUCAAAUUUUUUUAAAGAUGUGUUUUUAGCUGUACUUUUGGGUGGGAAAGGGUAGUCCUGAAUUGAUUUAAGUAAGAACUAUUAACAUUUUUUUUAAAAACAAUAAAUUUGUAUUACUGUU